AUGGCCGGCGCAAGAUCGGCGGCAACCAGGCUCACACACUCUUCGCUAUUCCUACUGUCUCGCGCCGCCGCAGCGGCUGCGACCCGCCGUACCAAUCUCCCCUCCUCCUCGAGAGAUUAUUCAAAGAUGGCUAGUUCAGUUGGAGGCAAUGGCUACAGUGAUGUUACACGGGUGCUAUUCUGUGGCCACUAUUGGCCUGCUUCUACUAUUUAUACGAAGGAGUACUUGCAAAACUAUCCAUUUAUUCAGGUUGACGAAGUAGGCCUUGAUCACGUACCUGAUGUUAUUCAAAACUACCAUAUAUGUGUAGUGAAAAAUAAAUGUAUAGAUUCAGAUAUCAUUGCCAAAGCAACUAAGAUGAAGAUUAUUAUGCAGUAUGGUGUUGGUUUAGAAGGUGUUGACAUAAAUGCUGCUACAGAACAGAAAAUCAAAGUUGCACGGAUACCUGGGAGUACUACAGGAAAUGCAAUUGCUUGCGCAGAAAUGGCUAUCUAUCUAACUUUAGGUGUUCUGCGGAACCAAAAGGAAAUGGAUACUGCUGUCAUUCAGAAGGACUUGGGCCUUCCAGUUGGAGAAACAAUAUUCGGGAAAACAAUACUUAUCCUGGGGUUCGGAGCCAUUGGCAUGGAAAUUGCCAAGAGACUAAGACCAUUUGGAGUGAAAAUUCUUGCUACAAAAAGAAACUGGUCAUCAAAUACAGUGUCUUGUGAUAUUGAUGGGCUGGUUGACAAGAAAGGUGGUCCAGAAGAUAUGUACGAACUCGCUCGAGAAGCUGACAUAGUUAUAACUUGCAUGACGUUAAACAAUGAAUCAGUUGGGAUUGUGGAUCACAAGUUCCUGUCAGCUUUGAAAAAGGGAUCAUAUCUCAUCAAUAUUGCCAGAGGACGCCUACUGGACUAUACGGCUGUGUUUAAUCACCUUGAGUCAGGUCAUUUAGGUGGUUUGGGCAUUGAUGUUGCUUGGACGGAGCCAUUCGAUCCAGAGGAUCCAAUUCUGAAAUUCCCAAAUGUUAUUAUAACACCACAUGUUGCAGGAAUCACAGAAUACUCUUACAGAACCAUGGCAAAGGUUGUUGGUGAUGUCGCUCUCAAGCUUCAUGCAGGAGAGCCAUUCACCGAAAUAGAAUUUGUGAACUAG